AGCUGCUGAAGCUCCCGUAUCCCCGGAUUGGUGGUCAAAGCUGUUCGGGUGCUGUUCCUGUGCUGGAGACCAAAGCUGCGAAAUGACGAAACCUUACCCUAAACACAGUCUCAACGGCCAUUGAAAUCGACUAUCUACAUUUAUCAUGUCACUACGUCUAUCUAUGCAGAAGACGUCCUUGUCAACCGCUGCGGCAACGAGCAGACUGUCCAUUCGAUGCGCAAGAUGUAGGGUACGAUCGCCUAUCUCGACACAAAAACCAGCACGUCUUUUGGCGCCUGCUGCAACGAGGCCUUUCUCGGCAUCUUCAAUAGCCUUCAAGAAGUCUGGCAAAAACAAUCGAGGCAAAGAAAAGGUGGACAACAAUCCUCGCGACGAUCGCGCCUCACGAGAGGCAGCGGCUGUCGAGGCAUUUGAUUUCUCCGACCUAGAGUCACAAAUUCUGAAGGCAAUAGAGCAUCUCACGCACGAGCUAUCUCAGCUGCGAGCAGGCGGUCGUUUCAACCCUGAAAAGCUCGAAGCGCUCAAGGUCACAAUACAGGACGGUGAGAGCAAGAGGACAGAGCGCGUGAAGGAUCUUGCGCAGGUCAUCGCAAAGGGUCGAAAUGUCCAAAUCUUAGCGCAUGACAAGUCAUUUGUCAAGCCCAUCAAUUCUGCCAUUCUCACAUCAAGCCUUAACUUGACUCCUCAUGGACCGACACCCGAUCAACCCACCAAGUUGACGAUACAAGUUCCACCGCCGACCGGCGAGAGCAGGCAAAAGGCGUUAGAAGAGACGAAGAAGGCAGAGGAAGUUGCGUUGGGAAAGAUUAGGGAAGCGAGGGGGAAGCAUCAGAAGAAGCUUAGGGCUAUGGCGAUCAGUGAAACUCUGCGGCCAGAUGAUCUGCAGAAGGCUCAGAAGUUGAUGGAUGAGGUCGCAAAAAGAGGGAACGAGGAUGUGAAGAAAGUCGUCAAUGACGCUAGAAAGGUCUUGGAGUCGGCAUAGUGCAUGAGCGUACGAAAAUAACCAGAGAAGAGAAGAAUCAGCGAAGGGGAAAAUUUUUAGCUAUGUGUAUCUGUAUAUGGACUAUCAUAUAGUGGCAUCAUUGCAUGGGGACACCAUAGCCCUUUUACAG